GGGAUGCGGUAUGCGAAGCACUUGGCGCGGAAAUACUCCAAACCAAUAAUACCAAUUCAUCACAUGGAGGCCCAUGCAUUGACUGCUCGUAUGGAGAAUUCCGAUUUAAAUUUUCCAUUUCUAUGCUUGCUGGCUAGUGGUGGUCAUUGUCAGUUGGCAUUAGUCAAAAGUGUAUCUGAAUUCAUUUUGCUGGGUGAAUCGCUAGAUUCAUCGCCUGGUUCAUGUUUUGAUCGUGUUGCACGUGCUUUAAAUCUCCAUGCUCUGCCUGAAUACCAAAAUAUAAAUGGUGGAAAAGCCAUCGAACUGGCUGCCUACAAAUCGACAAACUCCAAUCGUUUUGUAUUUGGUCUCCCGUUGCUGGAACAACGCAAUUGCCAAUUCAGUUUCGAUGGUCUUCGCGGUGUAUGUAUUCAAAGAAUUGAUGAGAUGAGAAAACGGCUAAAAAUGGCUCCCAAUGAAACGAUUCCGUAUUAUGAGGAUUUUUGUGCUUCACUUCUUAAAAUUAUGACCAAACACUUGCUUCAACGCACACAACGGGCGAUCCACUAUUGUGAUCGUUUCGGAGCAUUCGGACAUGGGAACAACAAACUGCCUAAAGCUUUUGUUUUCUCAGGAGGUGUUGCAUGCAAUGAUUUUAUCUAUAAGGCAAUGGACCAAAUGGUAUCACAAUUCGAUUUUAAGUCAUAUCGUUGUUCGAAACGAUUGUGUUCGGAUAAUGGUGUCAUGAUAGCCUGGAAUGGCAUUGAACGAUGGCGAGAAAAUGAAAAUUUCUAUAGAAAUUUAGAUAUAGAUAGCGUUUUACCAGACUGUUUUGCUAAGCUAGGUACGAAUCAAACCGAACAAGUUUCCAAAAAACAUAUGAAAUGCGAUUGGGUUAAAGUCCCGUGCAUGGAAACAGAGACUUUGACCUUGGACUGAAUUUUUGUUUAUUAGUUUUAUGGUAAUAAAUUGAACAAAUCUGGAGAAAAAA